UUUGGAAAGUUUGAGGGUCUCUCAAUGUCUCUUGAUGUGCAGAGCACAGAGCCUCUGCCCUGGCCACAGUCCCCAUUGGACUAACCCGUCUUACCACCAAGAUCACCAUCUGACGCCAACCUCCACUGAGAUGGCACCCAAGAAGAAAAAUCCCAAGAAGAACAAAGUGGACAAGGGCGAGGAUCCCCCGGCCCAUGUGAUGGUGGAGGACACUUUGCUGGAUAUCGAUCACCUCAACCACGUGAACGGUCUGUAUGAAAAUGUCUCCAAUGGUUUCCGCUGCACUGCCACAGAGGUCAGGAACCCCAACCAUGGAGGCAGCCUCCUGGAGGAGAUGAGUCAAAUGCAACAAAAGCAGUUCCUCUGUGACCUCACCAUUGCCACCAAAACCAAGUCCUUCGAUGUCCAUAAGCUCGUCAUGGCUUCAUGCAGUGAGUAUUUCCACAGCCUGCUGAAGAGAGAUCCCAACUUGCCACAAGUAGAACUCAACGAUGUCUCCCCUCUGGGCUUGACCACCGUUAUCACUUACGCCUACACCGGUAAGCUGAAUCUCUCCCUGUACACCAUUGGCAGCACCAUCUCAACCGCCAGCCGCCUACAAAUACAUGCUUUGCUCAACAUGUGCAGUGACUUCCUCAUUCAGGAGAUAAAUGUAGAGAACUGCAUGUAUAUCGCCAACAUCUCGGAGACGUACAACCUCAACCAGACCAAGGACGCCACUCGAAAGUUCAUCCAGGAAAACUUCCUGGAGUUCUCGGAGACUGAGCAGUUCAUGAAACUCACCUUUGACCAGCUGAAGGAGCUGCUGAUUGAUGAUGGUCUGCAGAUCCCAAAUGAGGUCAUUGCCUUCCAGAUUGCCAUGAAAUGGCUCGAGUUUGACCCUAAGCGAGUCACAUAUGCUGCCAACCUCCUGAGCAACAUUAGAUUUGGCACCAUAUCAGCUCCCGAUUUGGUCAACCAUGUGCAACCAGUACCACGGAUGAUGCAAGAUCCUGAGUGCCACAGGCUGCUGGUGGAGGCUAUGAAUUACCAUCUGCUCCCUUACCAGCAAAAUACCCUUCAGUCCAGAAGAACCAAAAUCCGUGGAGGCCAAAGGGUGCUAGUCACAGUUGGUGGCCGUCCAGCUUUGACCGAGAAAGCUCUUAGCAGAGAGAUUAGCUACAGGGACCCGGAUGGAAACUGGAACAAGAUGGCUGAGAUGCCAGCAAAAAGUUUCAACCAGUGUGUCAUUGUGAUGGAUGGGUUCCUCUAUGUGGCAGGAGGGGAAGAUCAAAACGAUGCUAGGAACCAGGCUAAGCAUGCAGUCAACAGUCUGUGCAGGUAUGAUGCUCGCUUCAACGCCUGGCUGCAUUUGGCCAGCAUGCUGCACAAGAGGACUCACUUCAGUCUGAGCGCCUACAAUGGUCUCCUCUACGCCAUCGGCGGGCGCAACGCCGAGGGGGUCCUGGCCUCCAUCGACUGCUACAUCCCUUCCACCAACAGCUGGCAGAGCAAGGCCAGCAUGGAGAUCCCUCGCUGCUGCCACGCCAGCACGGUCAUUGACGGCAAGAUCCUAGUCACCGGGGGCUACGUCAACAACUGUUACUCGCGCACCGUGUGCAGCUACGAGCCCAGCACAGACACCUGGAGAGACCGGGCUGGGCUCAGCACCCCCCGGGGCUGGCACUGCACUGCCACCUGGGCUGAUCGUGCGUACGUCCUAGGGGGCAGCCAGCUGGGCCCCCGAGGUGAGCGGGUGGAUGUGAUCCCCGUGGAGUGCUACAAUCCUGACACAGGCCAGUGGAGCUAUGUGGCGCCCGUGCCCACUGGGGUCAGCACGGCCGGGGUAACGAUCCUCGACGGGCGCAUCUGCCUAGUGGGAGGCUGGAAUGAGAGUGGGAAGAAAUACCAGAAGUGUGUGCAGAGCUACAACCCGGAGAUGAACGAAUGGGCAGAGGAGGAGGAUCUCCCCGAGGCCACCGUGGGUGUGUCCUGCUGCACCAUCACCCUCCCGCACCACGGCAGCAAGGGAUCCAGGACUAGCUCAGCGGCAUCGGCAGCGGUCAGCAUCUAAUGGAGGAGCCGGGGGCUAGCAUUUCCGCCUGCAGCUGGGGACGCAGACAGAGCUCAAACCUUGCCUCAGAUUGCAGGGGAGCUGAGAUCAGAAAGCACCGAGAGCUGGGAACUAAGCAAUGGCUCGUUUCACAGCGGUAGGAGAGCGUGUGGAGCAGCACGAUCUAGCGGUUAGAGCAGUGUUUGGCGAUCUUUGACACACAAUCUAAUGGUUAGCACAGGGCCCUGGGAGCUAGAAACGCCUGGAUUCUUAUUCCAGCUGUGAAACGAAAGCCCUCUAUGGCCUUAGGCAGGUCACUAGCCCCCCUAUACCAUGGGUAAAAUGACACUGACCGCCACUGGGAGGAAGCACUUCAAAGCUAAGAAGCCCUAUGGACAUGCUCAGCUUUAGCAUGGUCUCUGCUCAUCUCUAGGUCUGAUCCCCUCCCUCCUCAAGUCAGAGGCCUCCCAUCUCUUCUCCAGCCCACCUGCACUGCAGUCAGGUGGGGAAUGAUGUGUGGCUGGUGGGGGUGGGUCCUUAUCUGACCAAUUAGGAGGCCGAGAGCUGCGGCCACCACUGGCAAAGCAACCUUAACGUCUAACCCCCGUGUUACCCAGCUAGACGUUGGCCUCCUGCGAUGGACUGGUCCGUGAAGCCACUGCAGGGUUUUCUCCUGCACCACAGGGCAGGGUGGAUGGCAUAUGGAACAUCCCAGUGUGGCCAGAAAAGCCCAUAUUCCUUUCAGUGACAUGGGUAGGCUCCAUCCUCUGUCACACACCUCCCCACUAUGGACUGCAGAUCAACCCAAUCACAACCAACCCCACCCCCCUCAAGCAAGCCAAGCCCUAGCAAGACAAUAGAGAGAGAACAAUAGAGUCCCUAUGCAUACGGCCAGGGUCGCCAGAUUCUUUCCAUUCUCGCCCUGGUCUUGUCUCCCAUCUAACCAGGGAAGUCAGUGAGAUCUGACAAUGGGUCACAGCACAUCCAGAUCCUGCUGACGGUAUCAGGUAAUGAUCAGAAUAUGUGACUCAACACAGGGCAGGCAAAGCCCCGCCGCCCCUCACCGGCUUCAACUAGAGCUUCAGGUUUCCCCGGAACAUGGUCUGGCUCAUUGUAGCCAGUCUGAUGUCAGAAGAGAAGUUUCCCAAAUCUGGUCAUUGUUUAACCAAAUUUAUUCCCAACAUUAUGAAUAAGGGAAGACACCUAAUUCUUUAGGUAGCGGCAUUUCAGAUUGACGUGAGACCCCUGAACAAGGCACUUUUUAGCUGCAGACAAUGGCUUAAUUCCUUCAUGCUGCAGGAUGUAACAAGGAGACAAAGUGGUUCCGUGGUUACAGUUGGCAGUCAGGAAAUGUAACUGCUGUUGGGACUCAGUGAGUGACUUUGGGCCAGUCACUUCACUCUCCUCCUCCUGUUUCCCCUUCCGUAAAAGGGGGAUCGUGGGAAGAAUGACCCUCCCCCAGAAAGCAGUUGGAGAUCUUCAGCUGGAAGAUGCCAUAGAAAUGCAAAUUGCCAUCCCCUCCUCCCAGCAAUCAACCCUGCAACUCAUGUCACCCCCUAACACAGCUAAAAGGUAAAUAGGGUUUCCUCCCCUUCUUUCAACCUGUCAUUUUUAGGAGUUGGGUUUUUUUUUUUUUGCUUUGUCAGGGUCAGAGUUAAGGUUAGAAUGCCACUGCACCAACUCUGUCAUUUCAGUUUGGAGGCAUUCCACGGUCUCCUCAAAUCUCCUUGUUCUAUCAAGGCAAGUUUUGAGCUCUAGGGAAGCAUUUGAUGGACUGUCUGCAUUUCAGGCUGUGUGUCAAGGUGCCUAUGAACGCCCGUAACUUUAACUCCAAACCACAGCUGCUAAGCAGGGCAUGAGGCACUGAAGCAUCCAGGAAGGAAAGGAGGAUUUUGAUCACCAAUCUGGUUGCAGUAUAGACUGUACCAGAGCUGGCUAAAAGAAAAACAAACAACAAAAGAAAACAUACAAAUAAACUGGAGUCACUUACAGAGAGAUCCUAUUACAGGGACCAGAGCUCAGAGAGCAGAGAAGCGUAAAAAUGAUGAGACACUCAUAAAAAUUACAGUAGUUACACCCUUCUACGUUAGCUAGAAGAAAUAAAUAAGCCUAAGAAAGAACACUGUGACCCUUGACAUGUACCUGUUAAAUCUGAGAAAAUGUAUUUAUUUUAAUAGUGGCAAGGGAAGUGAGUUGCUAGGGCACCAGACAAUUAGAAUAGAUGUAAACAGACCUGUAAUUACAGGGAUACAAACCCUUUCCCUCCUCACACACACGGCGAGUUAUAGUCACAGGCAGCCGUCAAGGGUUGCUUACCCUCGACCUAGCAACCUACACCCGGCCUCAGCCACUGCUCCCAUUGUUAACACAACACCAGAGAACCUGGACUAUGGAAAAUUCUUAGAAAUCAAAAGGAAGAAACAUUUGGGUAGGACAAUGGCACGGGGGGGGGGGGGGAGAAUUUUAAUGGACGAGAAGUUUGCAUUGUUGGAUGAGAGGGUCUGUAUAUUGUGAAGGUGUUUGGGAAUGAGGGGGCAGGGUGUGGUUUAAAGGGCUGUACUGUGCUAACUCCUUGGUCGAGUUGUCACAUUUCAGUUAAAAGCACAGAAUUCACCCCCUACUAGAACUGUAAUAGCCCCAUAGUCCAUUAAGCCAUGCUGCCUACCAGAGAGCUGCAAUGCAAUUAGAAGAGCUGUAAGCUGGAGAGAGAGGCAACUUUCCACCCUCCUUCUAUUAAGUAGCACUUGGAGUAGUGCAAGUGGAGCACUGGAACAGUAAUUAAGGUGUGACGUGCAGCAACACUGAGACGAGAUUGAUGCCUAUUUCCUGGUCCCGGUCUAGGACGUGGAUCAUCCUGUAGACUUAGCUACUGCCUCUCAGGGAAGUGGAUUACUUCCGCCGACAGAGAAUGUCCCAUCGGCCUAGGUUGCGUCUACACUGAAGCACUGCUGCUGUGCCACUGUAGCAUUUCUACUGUAGACAAGCCCCAUGUCUCUACUUAAAAUGGUACAGCAGAACAGCUGCAGUGCUUCAGUGUAGACACUUGCUACAGUGACUUCUCCCAUCACUGUAGUUAAUCCACCUCCCUGCGAGGCAGUAGCUAGGUCGACAGAAGAAUUCUUCUAUCAACCUAGCACUGUCUACACCAAGGGUUAGGUCAGCUUCACUGUCUCUUGGGGUGUAGAUUUUUCACACCCUUGAGACACACACAUGCUGAUGUAAGUUUUCAGUGUAGACUAGCCUUGAAUCUUGGGUCCUGUCUAUACAACCAUACAACCCAUGGGGCAGCCAGCAAACGGCUCUGCGCCAGCCAUUCUAAGUUUGGUCUUGUUUGUUCAGGCAGGCUGAAACCACGUUUAAUGAACCACAUUACACUCCUAAACCCUGGCCAGCCCUUUAAGGGAGUGCUGCUGUAUUAAAUGACACAGAGGGAAGUGUGGGUCAGGGAAGGGACAGCCAAGAUAGACACGCAGAAUAGUAAAUUUAACUGUCCUUGGUUGUUUUUUCAACUCUAGCUGCCAGAUGGUGCGGGUGCCUCUGAUGGGUUUUCAGUGGAAUUUACACUUCAGUUAAGAAAUGCAUUGAUUGCCAAUAAGAAUUGAUUAUUUCAGGUAGAGUUCACUCUAACAAGCAUAAACCUAUUUAAGGAUAGUGGAAGCGCCAGAGACGUAACUUCCGUUGAAGAACAGCUAAACCACUUACCAUACGUUUGUUUCUCUAUCAACCAAACAAGCCACUCCACAUUUUUCCUUUCACAACUCUGUUGCUGCCAACAUUGGCUCAGUUCACUAGUUAGAACACUGACGACAAUGCUUUCCAUGGUACGUAGAAAGACAAUCUUCCAAAGGAUCUGAUGGGCGUCAAGCCAAUGUAUUUGAUAAGCAUCGGGCCAAUGUAUUAGUUACCAGUAGUACAGAGCAAGUCGUGCCCGGGAGUCCGAGUCAAGCGUUUGCCUCAUUUGUGAGCUAUUCACUGUUUCGGGGGCACUAGAGCUGGGAAAGAAUUUGUUAUGGGUACAGAGAAGCUGCAAAUAGGCAUCAGGGAGUGUUUGACUCUACCUGUCUGAACUGCAUUGUCUUGAAGAGAACGGUAUCUAUGAAAUAGAAUAAAAGAUUAACACCUCAAGGA